AUGGCGAGGAGCGCGGGUACAGGGUUAGAGGGGCUUGACGGGCUGCGCGAGCAGGGCGGGGGGAAGGCGGAGGGACGAACGAGAGGGGACGCGCAGCAAGGGUGCACGGAGGGGAGGGAGAGGAGCGAAGCGGGCGAGAGGAGCGAAGGGGGCACGGGCGAGGGGAUGUUGGCGCAAGGCCUGGCAGCCGGUGCAUGCGAAGAUGAGACGAGCGCGCGCAGAGGCCGCGGGCAGCUAGAUCAGGGGGCAGCAGCGGGGCGGCCACGGGAGGAGGCGAGAGGCGACGGCCACGGGCAGGGGGAGGGGCAGGGGCAGGGGCAGGGGCAGGGGCAGGGGCAGGGGCAGGGGCAGGGGCAGGGGCAGGGGCAGGGGCGGCGGGUGAUUGUGAUAUCGGGCCCCACAGCAGUGGGCAAGUCGCGGCUGGCGCUGGCGGUGGCGGAGGCGGUGCGGGGCGGCGAGGUGGUGAGCGCGGACUCGGUGCAGGUGUACCGCGGGCUGGACGUGGGGUCCGCCAAGGCCUCCCCUGACGAGCAGCGCCGCGUGCCGCACCACCUGCUGGAUAUCCGCGAGCCGUGGCAAGGAGCAUGUGCGCAGGAGCAUGUGCGCAGGAGCAUGUGCGCAGGAGCAUGUGCGCAGGAGCAUGUGCGCAGGAGCAUGUGCGCAGGAGCAUGUGAGCAGGAGCAUGUGCGCAGGAGCAUGUGCGCAGGAGCAUGUGCGCAGGAGCAUGUGCGCAGGAGCAUGUGCGCAGGAGCAUGUGCGCAGGAGCAUGUGCGCAGGAGCAUGUGCGCAGGAGCAUGUGCGCAGGAGCAUGUGCGCAGGAGCAUGUGCGCAGGAGCAUCCCGCCUCAGAAGGAGGCUUCCCCCCCCUCUCCCCUCCCCUGUCAUCCCGCCUUUGCACCCCGCAGAGUUCACUGCAGGCGACUUCUACGAGGCGGCGCGCACGGCCGUGGAGGGUGUGGUGCAGCGGGGGGGCGUGGCGGUGGUGGUGGGCGGCACGGGGCUGUACCUCGCAUGGCUGCUGCACGGCCGCCCCGCCACGCCCCCCUCCUGCCCCGCGCUGGAACGCGCCGUUGCCCGCGAGAUCGAGGCCGCUGUGAUGCGCGCCAGGCAGGCCAGCAGGGGGGAGGGGGCGAGGGGAGAUGCGAGGGGGGAUGAGAGGGGGGAUGAGAGGAGCGUAGCGGCGGUUGGUGGGGCAGAAGAGGCAGUAGGUGGGGGUGAGGGGGAUGCAGCAGCGGGAAGGGCGUCAGCAGCCGACGCAGUGAGGGGCGGCUUGGAGAAAGAGUUGAGUGCUGACGGGAGGAGCGAGGAGGGCAACGAUGGUGUGGGUGUGGGGGGAAUGGAGGAGGCGAUGGGGGGCCAGGCGAUGGGGGGCCAGGCGAUGGGGGGCCAGGCGAUGGGGGGCCAGGGCGAAGCAGGGAGAGAGAGAGAGGCGAGGGAGCGGGGGUGGGCGAGCAGGCAGCCGCGUGUGAGGUAUUCGGAGGAGGGCGACUGGGAGGCCGCUCUGGCUGCCCUUGCUGCUGCGGGCGACCCAAUCACAGCAGGCCAGCUGGCACGGAAUGACUGGUACCGGCUGACCAGGGCGUUUGAGAUUCUCAGGGCCACGGGGCGGCCCCGAUCAGAGAUCACUGUGCCUUCCCACCAGGCCAAACACACCUCCCCGCCUGCUGCUGCUGCUGCUGCUGCUGCUGCAGCCUCGUCACCUCCACCUUUCGCCUUCCAUUGUUUCUUCCUGGACGCCCCUCGCCUGCCACUGUACCGCCGAAUAGAUCGACGCUGCGAAGAGAUGGUGCAAGGCGGGCUGCUGGAGGAGAGUCUGGCGCUGCUGCGAGCGGGGCUGCACCCCGACACCUCCUCGCCCACACGCGCCAUCGGCUACCGCCAGGCCAUGGCCUUCCUGCUGCACUGCCAGCGCCUCAUGGGGCAAGCGAGGACCAGUGAGGAGCCAGGGCAGCAAGAGCAGCAGGUUGAAGAGCAGCGGGUGGAAGAGCAACGGGUGGAAGAGCAACGGGUGGAAGUGGCGUUGCAGGAGGCGCUGCAGGCAGCGCUGGUGGCGUUCAUCUUGGAGUUUCAGCAGGCGUCGCGGCGCUACGCCAAGCGCCAGAUCACGUGGUUCCGCUCCCAACCACUCUUCCGAUGGCUGCCCGCUCACACGCCCCUGGACGAGCUGGUGGGAAUGGUGCUGCGCGACUUUGAUGGGUCGACGGGUGGGGAGGUGCAGGCGGGUGGGGAGGUGCAGGCGGGUGGGGAGGUGCAGGCGGGUGGGGAAGGGCAGGGCGAUGGAGAGGAGCAGGGGGGUGGGGAAGGAAGAUUUGGGGCAGAGAGGGAAGGGGGGCAGGGUCGUGUUGGAGGAGGGGGCAGUGGGGGGGCGUGGGAAAAGGCGGUGAGGCGAGAGCAUCGCAGGGAGAGCAAGGAGGAGGAGCGGGUGCUGAAGGGGUAUCGGGCACAGCUGGAGAUUUACUGUGACCAGAAUGCCAUCGAUGCCACGCUGGCGUGGAUUCGAGCCAACGUCACGCCGCACCAACAGGGCUCACAGAGCGAGCAAGGCAACGCUGUUGCUGCAGGUGUGCCCCUCGUAGAGACAUGA